CCGGGCAGGGCUUUGGAGUGAAUUUCCUUCAGCCUGAUCGCUCAUCAACGAUAUUACCGAACACAGACGUAGCGGGUGGAUACCGAAAACUCCAAGAGGACACGUGGAUUCCCAACAUGGGGCUGGGGAUGCCGUGAUGAGGCACAAAUGAUGAUUGUGGUUAAAGUGGGACGGAGAACCAGGGUGGCUGCUGUUUAGCGGUUUGGGUUGAUAUCACGAGCGUCCACGUUUGUGGUGCAAAAUGCCGAACACGGCUCGCUUUCAGCUGGCGAGCAUCGAGCGGCGGCGCAACAAUGAGAGAGAAAGAAAAGCCCGAAUAUUUAACGACAAGGUGAGAACCAUCGGGAUUGACAAGGAAGGCCUUGACAAACAGCUGGAUGAGAAGAAGCGAGAGAAAGAUGCCGAAAAACUGGAACAAGAAACGUUUGAUGCCCAAAUGCUGCACAAUUCCAAACAAGCACAACUCCUCCAAAUGAAACAAGACAAGGAGAAGCUAGCCAAACAGAGGGCCAGCUUUGUGGACCAGUACGAGAAGGCCAUGCGGGAGCGGGAGAUGAUUCGGGAUGUCCCUCACGGAGAAGUUGAGGAGAUGAUGCCUCCCGGUAUGGCGGGCGAGGACCCAGACAACGAAAGCAGGGUGUGCAGGCAGCGGGAGCAGCUCAGGGAGUGGCUGCUCCAGCAGAAGGAAGAGCAAGCCUGGGAAAAGGAAAGACAGAAGAUGGAACAGUUGGACUACGACAAGUUCCGAGUCCACAUGGACGGCGUCGCUCUGCAGCUUGAAAACGCUCAGAUGGAGAGCAGAAAAAAAACAGCUGUGGAAACCACGAAGUUCAAUCAAAGCAUGGCCGAAGAGAGGCAUCGCCAGGAGCGGGAACUCAAGGACAACCCGUUGCGGGAUCUGCUUCCGAGUAAGUUGGGGGCGCCUGGUCUUGUUCCCAGCCGCGACCGGAGGCCCCGUCCUGAGAGCUGGCAGCAGAUGAAAAAGUUCUGGAACCUUCAAAUCCAGGAGAAAAUGAUGAGCAAAUUAGACGGGAUCAGGGAGGCGCAACAGCACGACUGUUUCUCCUCCAAAACGACCCGCACGGCUCUGAUCGUGCAGCGCGAGCAGGAACGGCAGAGGAAGCAACUCCGGCAACAACUGGACCACUGCAACAACGAGGCAGCGGAAUUUUACCGACGCAAUCGACCUGACAUUGAAAGAGGGGGCAUCGAUGACAGUUUCUUCACUAAAUUCAAUACCUGCAGUCGAUGAGACAUUUUCGGCCAUUCCGGAUCCCUUCCUUUGCCGUGUCAGACCAACCAUCCAGAUGAUUCCCGUUCAUCCAUAUUUUAACAUUUGAAGCGAGAGAGCGAGAGAACUUCACGAGGCUCGGACUCCUGGAAUACAAUUCAUAGGAUAACAACAAAUAAUUCACGUUUGUUAAAAAAUGUUCUUCUCUGUCUCAUUUAUUUAUUUUAAAACUGAAAAACGUUUGUGUCCUUACCUUUUAUUUGUGCCAGAAAUAAAGUACAUGCACUUGAUACUUUGUAAAAAUCUGAUCCC